AUGGCGUCUACGGCAUUUCCCUCCUUAGCGAAGAAGGUCCAGCUCUCCGAUGGCACAACGUACGGAUAUGUCGCUGUUCCUCCGUCGACUCCAGGCCAAGUCUCCUUCCUCCUUCUCCAUGGAUAUCCGUCUUCGUCGUAUGACUGGCGUCACCAGAUAACCGGCUUACAGAAUGCCGGAUAUGGUGUCAUUGCGCCGGACCUUCUCGGAUACGGCGAUACCGACAAGCCCAGUGAUCUAAACGCUUAUCGCAACAAAACCAUGAGCAAACAUAUCAUUGAGAUACUGGAUAGAGAGGGUAUAGAUAAAGCAGUCAUGGCGGGGCACGAUUGGUACGAAGAUCUGCGCUUCUAUUGCGAUUUCCCCCAUGUUUCGGGAGUUGGCCUUGCAUCCCGUCUAGCCAUGUACCAUCGCGAUCGCUUCUACGGUCUAGUCACAAUCGCCGUGGCAUACAUCCAGGCAGGCAUGCACUGGGAUGUCGACGCUAUCUGCGAGAAAACCAAAAGCAUAAUCGGCUACGAAACCUUCGGCUACUGGAAAUGGCACGGCACCGAGGAGGCGGCGGAAGACUGCGCCAACCACCCCGCCUCCGUAUUCAGCCUCCUCUACCCCAACGAUCCCUCCCUUUGGAAAUCAGACUUCGCCCCCACAGGCAAAGCAGCCGAGUUUGUCCGCUCUGGGCGCACAACCCCCCUCCCCUCGUGGUAUUCCUCCGAGGAGUAUGCCAUUCACAGUGGUAUUUUCGCUGAGGGCGGCUAUGCCGGGCCCCUCUCGUGGUAUAAGGCAGCUAUGCGGGGUGUUAAUCUUGAUGAUGAGGCUGCUAUCCCGGUGGAAGAGAGGCUGUGCCCGGUGCCGAGUUUGUUCGUAGCGGCGAAGCAGGAUUAUGUCUGUCGGGCGGAUUUGCAGAGCGCCUCUUCGCGGAUGACGGCUCCAGGUGGCAGGAUUGAGGAGAUUGAUGCUGGGCAUUGGGUGCAGCUGGAGCAGCCGGAAGUGGUCAAUCGUCUGCUAGUUGAUUUUGCGGAGGAAGUGAAGGGGGCGAAGUGA